AUGAUCAUGCGUGGUGUCGGUAGCAGAGCAGUUGCAAACAUGGAUGCAAAUCUCGGGCGCCGCUACGUGCCCCGACCAUCUUUGGAUGCGAAGCGUCGGAGGGUCGGCGAUGACCUUUACAAUCGCUACGAUGAGCGCCUGCAGCACCUGCCCGAUCACACGACAGACCUGUACGAGGAAAGCUUGCGGUGUGCACAGCCGAAGGCCCCGCCCAUGGCCACUCCUAGCCAUCACAGGGAUGCGGGCAACUGGAUGGAUGAGAUGCAGGAGCCUGCCCGAGGCUCCGGCAAAGGCCCGGGCAAAGGCCCGGGCAAAGGCCCGGGCAAGGAUGAGGGCCGAGAGGAUAGGCGGCAGCCCAAGGACGAGGGCGGCCACGAAGAGCUGCAGGCUGGUGAAGAGGGCGACGUAACGGCCCAUUCGGCUGCUUUCUGGGCACGGAAGAUGUUCCGCGAGGGCAAGGUCGGCCUAGACUUAGCCGGGUCUCCGAAAGAGGCGUUGCUGCGUUUCCACGAGCGCUACACUGGCGCCCAGGACUUCGUGCUCCAUUGCCGUGAGCUGCCCAAUGGCCAAUUUUUCGAUCUGGCUCAAGACAAGACCCGCCAGAACAAAAACCGACGCGAUGGCUGGGAGGUCGUGCUGACUACGCCCUCCUUCCUGAACUUAACCUACGAGGGGCGCGGACCAACGCCUCGGGUGGCCCAGACAGCAGCGUGCAGUGAAUGGGUGGCAAACAUUGAGGUCCUAGCUGCUGCACUGAAGCUUCCGCCCACAUUGGCGGAGAUCAAGCAGACCCUGACCUCCUCUCUAACCAUGGCCCAGAGGAGCUUCAUCAUCCGGACCCUGAAGCGUGAGGUCCCGGAGUUUCUGGCAGAAAAGGCACGCGAGGUGCACCAAGCCUUCCGAGACCUUGGCUGCAGUCAUGCUUCCUGGGAUGAAGAAGCUGAGCGCGCCAGCGGGUAG